AUGUCCGAACCUCGUCAAGUUACCGUGCGUAUGCCCGGCACGCCCGCGCCCAUUCUCGUGCACUUGCGGAUCCCGUACAAUGGACCGCGUGUCAAUCCCUUGGUGGUUGUCCUACCACGCGUCGAAUGUGACACAGUCAGAUUCCAAUGCAUGGCCACAGUUCUGAGCCUGCACCCAGACGAUGAUCGCUCGACAGCCUCAACCCCACUGAUUGAUGCCGCCAAAUCCCUUGCUACACCUUUGCGUCCCACACCCGAAGGUAAUCUACCAGGCAACGAAGAGAUUUAUCAGCAUACUGUUGAUUUGCGUGACCAAGAAGAUGCAGACGAGCCUCGGUCAAAGCAGCGUCGCUGCGAGGGUGCAUCUGAGGGCGCCCGGGUUCCAUCCAAAGACCCGCCAACAUCAAGUUCAGUUCGUGCUGAGGUUGUGCGAGGCCGAAGUCCAUCUGUUCCUGAAACAGUCGAUUGCGAGAAAGAGAGGUAUGGUGACGAGGGUGGAAGUGAGGCAAGCUCUGUGACAGUCCCUGAGCCUGAGCUGAAAGACUCGGUAAGUUACUCACAUUGCAUCACUCAUAUCAACAUCUGCUUAUAA